GGGGGCGGGGAGGAGCAAUUGUGACCUGCCCGGGCCCUCCCCUCGGCGGGCACUGUGAUGCUGCCGGGCAGCUGCCGGCUCGGCAUGUCUGUCCCCGGCCCCUCCCGCCCAGCGUGUCACAGCAGCGGAGGCGGCUGUAUCUGGAGCAGUUGGGGUGGGUAGGCCCAGCUGGGAGGCGAGCCGGCGAGGAGCGAGGCCGCGAUGCGGGAAUGCAUAUCCGUCCAUGUGGGUCAGGCGGGAGUUCAGAUUGGCAAUGCCUGCUGGGAGCUCUUCUGCCUGGAGCAUGGCAUUCAGGCGGACGGCACCUUCAGCGCCCAGGCCAGCAAGAUCAACGACGACGACUCCUUCACUACUUUUUUCAGUGAGACUGGCAAUGGGAAGCAUGUGCCCCGGGCAGUCAUGGUGGAUCUGGAGCCCACGGUGGUGGACGAGGUUCGGGCAGGAACCUACCGCCAGCUCUUCCAUCCAGAGCAGCUGAUCACAGGAAAGGAGGACGCCGCCAACAACUACGCACGUGGCCACUACACGGUGGGCAAAGAGAGCAUCGACCUGGUGCUGGACCGCAUACGGAAGCUGACAGAUGCCUGUGCUGGCUUGCAGGGCUUCCUCAUCUUCCACAGUUUCGGUGGGGGCACCGGCUCUGGCUUCACUUCUCUACUGAUGGAACGCCUCUCCCUGGAUUACGGCAAGAAGUCUAAGCUAGAGUUUGCCAUCUACCCAGCUCCGCAGGUCUCCACUGCAGUGGUCGAGCCCUACAACUCCAUCCUGACCACCCACACCACCCUGGAACAUUCAGAUUGUGCUUUCAUGGUGGAUAACGAGGCCAUCUAUGACAUCUGCCGCAGGAACCUAGAUAUCGAGCGUCCCACUUACACCAACCUCAACCGCCUCAUCAGUCAGAUUGUUUCCUCCAUCACUGCCUCGCUUCGCUUUGAUGGGGCCCUCAACGUGGAUCUCACCGAGUUCCAGACCAACCUGGUGCCCUACCCCCGCAUCCACUUCCCCCUGGUCACUUAUGCGCCCAUCGUCUCUGCUGAGAAAGCCUACCACGAACAGCUCUCCGUGGCUGAGAUCACCAGCUCCUGCUUUGAGCCCAACAGCCAGAUGGUGAAGUGUGACCCGAGGCACGGCAAGUACAUGGCCUGCUGCAUGCUCUACCGAGGGGACGUGGUGCCCAAGGACGUGAAUGUCGCUAUUGCCGCCAUCAAGACUAAGAGGACCAUCCAGUUUGUAGACUGGUGUCCCACAGGCUUCAAGGUGGGCAUCAACUACCAGCCUCCCACUGUGGUGCCGGGAGGGGACCUGGCCAAAGUCCAGCGGGCCGUCUGCAUGCUGAGCAACACCACGGCCAUCGCGGAGGCCUGGGCCCGCCUGGACCACAAGUUUGACCUCAUGUAUGCCAAGCGGGCCUUUGUGCAUUGGUAUGUUGGAGAAGGGAUGGAAGAAGGAGAAUUUUCCGAGGCCAGGGAGGAUCUGGCUGCCCUGGAAAAGGAUUAUGAAGAAGUGGGGACCGAUUCAUUUGAAGAAGAAAAUGAAGGGGAGGAAUUUUAAAUAUACACGUUCUCCUUG